GUUAGUAUUACUAACAACAAACGUGCUCUAAAAUAUCGUGGAACUAAUUUAUUGAUUUUUUUGGAUUCCCCCUGGAAGCAUGGCGCUUGGGAUAUUCAUGCUUUUCAUCUUUUGGGCUGUGUUACAAGAUGCUGAAAGUGAAUGUCCAGUUGGACAUAACCCUCUCAACAUGACUGUGUCCCCUUCGGAAGUACAUUAUGGAGAAAAUGUCACUGUUUCAUGUGCCAGCAGUGUUGAGGACCAUGAUGGAAUAUACUUUCUUGAUGCAAAUGGAAACAUUUUGAAGAGGGACUGGCGAAAUAAUUCAACAUUGAUGUUUCAAGUUUCAGACUGGGACAUUCAAAUCCACUGCAAAAUCAAGCUGAAACAGCAUGAUGCGUCAUACGAAUGCGAUAGAAGUCUUGAGUUAACUGUGUACAAGUAUGCGAAGGAGGUUCGUCUGCAUCAAAGCCUCUUUAAGAACGGCCAAAAGAAAAUACAAUGCGACAUCAUCGAUGUGGCUCCUGCUAAGGAAGUCACGGUCACUUGGUUCGUGGACAAUUUGUUUUUUAAAUCCGGUGACAUCACUGACGACCAAACCAAGACACCGAUGAACCUGUCUAAUAGUAUUACAGUUGGCGAAGAGCUGACUGGGUGUAACAUUACGUGUAGUUACCAACUAAAUUUGCACUCUAUAUUUGACACAUACGACGACUUAACUGUUGCUGGGCCAUCUUUUACAGAUUUGGAACACCAGAAUUACAAUUUGUGGCUCUCCUGUAAUAUAAGAAAUGUUCGUAUUCAACCCGUUGGCUGGAAGGAAAGUGUAGGAAAGCUCAAAGCAUCCCACUUCUGCUUUGCUGGUCGUGAGGGCUCUGAAAAAAUGGUUGAGUGGGCGCUUUUUGCUAUUGAAGCCACGCCUGCACAAGUGGCACGAUUACCAGUUUGCCCUCUAGCACAUUCGUACCCCAAAAUCUUGAAGAAGUCUUUGGAUCCAGCAUCCAAACGCUGCAACAGAAACAUUAGUCAUCUGGAUGCGUACUGGAAAGACGGGUUGAAUUUUCUGACCGCAAUUAGUGAGCCUCUGGAGAAGUGGAGCACAAAACAUCAAUGUCACACACUUGUGUCAGACUCGCAGAUGUGUUUUGUGCUGCCUCCCAUCAGUUUUUUCAGGUUUCCAGAUCAGGUGAGAGCCUAUGUGGACCCUGAUUCUGGUCCUAUAAUAGCGGGAAACAUUUACAGGCUUAAUUGUGACAUCAUCAACGUGAUCGCCCCGGAAAACUUGACCAUCACGUGGCUACGAGGUGACACAAUCGUAAACAAGACCGUUAUUGUUGAUACCACAAUUAGCCCGCAGAAUUUCUCCUUUCCCUUGGACAUUUGGGUGAGCAGAGAAGAAAAGGGACAAAUUUACACCUGCCAAGUUGAGAUUGGCAUCAAAGUACGUACCUUAAAAUCAGGCAGCUCACCCCUUAACAUCACAGUUGAACCUGUUCGAGAUUUGGAGCAACAAGGUUCCUAUUUCAGCUUUUUCUGUGAUAUGGACACGCAAGUGUUCAUGUCUUCUGACGAGGACCGUGUGAACUAUAUUGAAAGCUAUUUAUGCGCUUUCACCAGUUACAUUUCUAAUGAAUCUGUAUUAUUCUCCCUUCGCAAUAUGCAAGCCACUUCCAAGCGCGUGGGUCAGUUACCAGUUUGCCCUGUAGCACAUUCGCACUCUAAAAUCUUGGAGGAAUCUUUGGACCCCGCCUCCAUAAGCUGCGAACGAAACAUUAGCCGGUUUUGGGAUGCACUCUAUGAAGACUCUUUUACGGAAGGUCUGGUGACUGUGAUCAAUGAGCCUCUGGAUAAGUGGAGCACAAAGCAUCAAUGUUACAGUGAUGAAAAGAACUUGAAGAAAUGCUAUGUGCUGCCACCCGUUGUUUUUUUCAAGGGACCAGAUGAUGUGAGGGCCUAUGUGGACCCUGAUUCUGGCCCCAUGCUUGCCGGAAACACUUACAGACUUAAUUGUGACAUCAUCAACGUGACCCCACCCCAAAAAGUGACUAUCAUGUGGCUGCGAGGCGACACGAUUGUAAAUAAGACAGUCCUUGCAGAUACCACAAUCAUCCCACAGAACAUAUCCUAUCCCUUGACCAUUCAAGUGGACAGAGAAGAAAACGGACAAACUUACACUUGCCUGACUGAAAUGGACGACACUAUUUUUUUUCUUGACAGCGUGAGCAGAUCUGACCUCAACAUCACAGUUGAUUAUGAGCCUUCAUUUUCCUGUGCCAGUAAAGUCGGAGCACUAGUGGAUACUGAAUUGAAACAUCCAUGUGUGGUUGAGGGUAAGCCUCCACCUGUCACCACCUGGUUCAAGGAUGGAAAAGAAGUGGUUGCUCCUCAUUUCUUGACAAGAAACAGCACUGGGGAAUAUAUUAUUAGAGCCACUAACAGACAUGGGACAGCUACACACAUGCUUUACCUGGAUGCUUAUUAUGCACCGACCAUGCUGGAGGACAAAUUAUCCCUUGAGUUUGGCCCUGGUGACAAUCUAACUGUAGAAUGCAGUUGUGAUGGCAACCCUGCUCCAAACAUUUUGUGGAAUUACGUCAGCCCAACAAACGUGAGAACCACCGGAAGGCGCCAAGAACUUCUUCAGAUCAUUGAGGCCGUGCCAACCAACGCUGGUGUUUACAACUGCACUGCCACCAACAUGCUAGGGAUCGUUUCCAAGUCUAUUACGCUGAUUAUGAAAGGUGAAAGCAGUGCAGACCCCGAAAGCAGUACAGUUCCUGUGGCAGUCAUUUUAGUGUGUGCGUUUGUGCUGCUCGUGGUUCUUGCCCUGAUCUGUACCUGCUUGAACAGGAAGAAACACGGCCGGUACAGCUUCCAGGGCCUGAGCUACAAUAUUCCCUUGGUAACCAACGCGUCUGAAAGGGAGCAGUAUUGCAACAUAGAUGAUACACCCACUUGACUCACUCAUUAA